GGCCUUACGACGAUUACGAGUAUCUGAGCAUGCCGAUGCAGGUGUUCAUGAUCAACACUUUAACAAAUUCAACUUCUACGCUCUUUUGACAAAACACACCUCUUUCAUCAUGGAACAGAACGAAUCUGUCGGGUCGUUGAGUUGGCGUCUCAGCUCGCAUCCUAUCACUUUGUUGUGUUUCCUAGGAUUUCGCAUUUCGAGUCUUUUGGUAUACCUCUUUGGAAUGCUCUUCAUCAAAAACUUUGUCAUGAUCUUUAUAAUAACCAUCCUGCUCCUCGCUGCCGAUUUUUACUACCUGAAGAAUAUCGCCGGUCGUCGCCUCGUCGGAUUGCGUUGGUGGAAUGAAGUAGAUCCUGCAUCUGGUGAUUCUCAUUGGGUCUUUGAGUCCUCGGAUCCAAAUACCAAAAUCAUAAACCCUACGGAUAGCAGAUUCUUCUGGCUUGCACUUUACUCGCAGCCGUUGUUAUGGGUUGGAUUAGCCUUUGUGGCUAUUUUUAGGUUCGAGUUUAUUUGGUUGACGUUGAUCGUGAUUGCAUUGAGUUUGACCGUUACAAAUACUUUGGCGUUCUCGAGAUGCGACAAGUUUGGACAAGCAUCGAAUCUGGCGGGCAGUGCUAUGUAUUCCUCAGGAAUUGCUGGAAAUAUUGCAAGCGCUACUAUUGGAAGAUUCUUUUCGAGAUGAAUAUUCGAGAUAAGCUAAGGGGGACACGAGAGAUUCCCCAGAGGUGUUGUGGCAAGACAUGUUGGAGCGCAAGGUUUAUGAUAUCAGAAUGAAUGAAGCCUGAGAACCUUGGUCCGUUUUUUUUUUGACACGACGGGGUUUGCCACGCGGUGCCUGGAGUCAAUAUUGUUAUACAAGUGUUGUUCGGUGGGAAUGUUGCAAGGGCGGCGUUCAAACAUAGAGGCGUUGGUAUCUGAAGGGCUUUCUUGUUCGAGGUGAACAAGAGCUGAAUUAUCACUAGCAAAUGCUCGUCCCAAAUGACUUUCCAUCAUAAGUAACACUUGCUCUUUUCUAAGUGAUUCUGAUGCGACGCCGGUGUUAGUAAGAGAUGGAAGAGUUGAACGUGAGAAGCUGAUGAGACGUUACUCGGAAUAUGCACUCCAAUAUAAGUACGGCAAAUCAAAUGUUUAAACUAUUUUGAAUCAAUUAGCGCGUCUCUAGUAUAUUGACCAUGCCCCCUUUUCUUUUUUUGACUAGACUCCUAACAAGCGUUCAGCCACAGUAUUUAGCGAUCACACAUUAUCCAUACGUCUUAAAUAAGACCCAUUUUCAGAUGUCAAUUUGUGCCGUCUUACUCCACCAUUCGAUUUACAUUUGUCACUCGAUAUUGCUCCAGACGUUGCAUUUUCAUUGUAUAAACUAAUCCUCGAGGCACAACCAGUCAUUUAGUCCUGGAUUUUCCUACCAUCGCAUGGCCUAUUGAGAUGCGUAAUUUAACCAUAUUUCCGUCA